UCACAUAAGUUUUUCAUGCAUUUGACAAACACUUUUAUCCAAAGUGACUGUAUCAGUUCAGAUAAUAAAGCAUCUUCUAAAUGAGCACUAAUGUCAUGUGAUUAUCAGUAAUCAUGUUACGAACAGAAAACACAAUCUUUGUUCAUAUGCAGCAACAGCACAGGACAAACAAUGUUAUGUGUGUUUUUGCCUACUGUCAGGGUUUAUUAUUAUUAUUUGUUAUUAUAUUAUCACAUGAGCGACUCAUUCACACGUCACUGGUGUUUCUCUCUGUCAGUGUUUCAUCAAACAGAAACUGAAACAAGAACAACAACAGGAAAUACUACAGAUGAAGUCCUUCAGCCAACCACUAACCUGGCUUCUGUUGCUGGCGGUCUGGGUUCGGUUCUGCUGGUUCUGACUCUGUGUUCUGGAACAAUCCUCAUCCUGAAAAAGAGGAAAAGGAAAUGUGGGACAGAUUUAUUUCAGCAAAAUGUGCAGCACAAUACAGAGACUGACCGCAUGUAUGAAGAGAUUCCAAACAGUGACAUCGCCACGGUAACAUCCUCAUCCAAUCAAAUGCCUGCAUCUUCACCCAAUCAGACGCCUGCAUCACACCUCAACAACCUCCCAGAAGUCUCUGCUGUUUAUGCCACAGUAACCAAACAGCAGCCUGAUUCAAACCCCGGUCACACCCACUCGACCAAUCAGGUGACAGAUCCAGACUGUGAUUAUUAUGCCACUAUAAAGUCACCUGACCCAACACAGGACAGCAGGACAGAACUGAUCUACGUGACAGCAACACAUCCACAAAACAUCUCAACAAACGAGGGUCUGAUAUAUUCAGCGAUCAAGAAAAAGUCUGUCCACAGACAUUGUAAAUGAUGUUCCGAGUAAAAAUAAAAUCUGGUAAAAUUUCUUUACUGAAUCGAUAUUUUUGACACACUUUUCUUCAACUAUUAAUAUUACUAACCACAAAUGUUACUAUAUGGGAUAAUUAUGUUUCAGCUUGAUAUCAAACUCCUGAAGGUCAAACUAUUCUGAAGUUAUAGGCAAAAUAUCAAUGUUACAUUAUUCAUCAACACUAGGUGGCGCUGUGCUGAAACUCCUCUCGUACCCUCAGAGUAUGAUGGCUAGUGUAACCCUCUUCGUAAUUGAGAUGUUGUACUGUUCCUGAAAUAUAAUACAAUAAUCAUGCGUUUAAAGCGAUGGCAUUUAUAUAGUGUAUUUUACCUUAAUAUAUCUUAAUUUAACACAUUUAACAUUACCACCAUAUUUUGAUCUCAUCAUUUCUAUUUAAUAAUCCCUCUGUCAUUCUUUGCUAAGUCUUGUAUGUGUCUAACUGAGCGCUUAUGUAUCCUGUUUCUCCUGUGUCCUGGUUCUUUUGAUUAUCCACCUGUUCCACUGGAUUCUCCGUUUUGCCUCAGUGCUUUACUCAGCUGUUGUUUGGAUUGUUUGUUUGUGUAUAACCUUUUGCCUGGAUGUGGAUUAUAAUUGUGGAUUACCCUUUUAAUAAAUUCUGUGUUUGGAUCCUCAA